UCGCCCGCCAGUCCGCGAGCCAGCCGUGUCUAGCGCGACGUCAUCGCCACACGACCCCCCUCCCCUGUACCACGAGAACAUGCCGCUGACGUCCCGCGGCCAGCGGGCGCGCCCUCCGCGCAGGGGCGCCACGUGACGUCGCCUCCCUCGGGGAGGAGGAAGGGAGGGAGGAGGGAAGGAACGUUUCCGUAAAACCGCAGCAGGCCCGGGAGUUUUUCUCUCCCCGGCCCAAGGCAGGGCGCGCGGUUGAAGAAGAGCAAGGGGAGGAGGAGGGGAGGGGGAGAGAGAGGAAGGAAGUGGGAGGGGCGGUCGUCGGGACGCUACCCGCCAACGUGCAGGCGGGACGUCGUCGUCCCGAAGUCCUUUUCCACGCGAGAUGUGCGCGGCGGCGUCCGAGUGCGGUGCGAGUAGGGCGGCGGCGGCGGCGGCGGCGGCGGCUCUGGCGGCGGUGCUGCUGGCGAGCUGCUGGUGCCCGCCGGCAUGCGGCGCGACCUUCGUCGGGGACAACGUGCAAAACUACCUGAUGAACUUCGGCUACCUGCCGCAGUCCGACCUGGAGACGGGAAAUCUGCGGACGGAGGAUCAGCUGCGAAACGCCAUCAAGGAUCUCCAAGCGUUCGCGAGCCUGAACGCGACGGGAGAGCUGGACGAGGCGACGAAGAAGCUGCUGUCCACCCCCCGCUGCGGCCUGCCAGACAUCGCGCCCAGCCCCUACCGCAGCAAGCGCUUCACCCUGCAGGGCCAGAAGUGGCACCACACCGACCUCACCUGGAGCCUGCGCACGCAGACCUUCCGCGCGCUGGAGCCGGGCUACGUGCGCGCCGAGCUGGACCGGGCGCUCAGCGUCUGGUCGCAGCACUCCAAGCUCACCUUCCGCGAGGUGAACAGCGACCGCGCCGACAUCCUCGUCUACUUCCAGAGGGGCUACCACGGCGACGGCUACCCCUUCGACGGGCCGGGGCAGAUCCUGGCGCACGCCUUCUUCCCGGGCACGGGCCGCGGCGGGGACGCGCACUUCGACGAGGAGGAGAACUGGCUGCUGCACGACCAGGAGGAGGAAGGGACCAACCUGUUCGCCGUCGCGGCACACGAGUUUGGCCACUCGCUGGGGCUGUCGCACUCGUCGGUGCAGGGUGCCCUCAUGUACCCGUGGUACCAGGGCCUGAAGCCCACCUUCCAGCUGCCAGAGGACGACCGCUACGGCAUCCAGCAACUUUACGGAGCUAAAGAAGAAAAACUCUGGGAUGAUAUACAGCCGUACCACCCGAACCAACCACCACAGUACCCAACUCGGCCUACGCAGCCUCCACAGUACCCAACGCAGCCUCCACAGUACCCAAAUCAGCCACCACAGUAUCCAAACCAGCCUCCCAGUUACCCAAACCAGCCUCCACAGUAUCCAAACAGACCCCCUCAGACUAACCCCGGCCAGCAUCCACAGUAUCCAAACCAGCCUCCACAGUAUCCAAACCAGCCUCCACAGUACCCGAGAAAGCCACCACAUCAACCCACAACCCCACCACACAAACCACACUACCCGAGCAAGCCACGGUACCCUGUCAAGCCAGAGUACCCACACCAUCCUACUAACCCCACCCGACAUCCAAACCAGCCUCCUCAGGACCCAACUCAGGAUGAAGACGCUCCUCGAGACCCGGAACCUCCUCCUAGGAAGCCGGUCAAGCCAAACACCUGCGACACAAGUUACGAUGCCAUUUCUAUUAUUCGUCAAGAAGUGUUCAUAUUCAAAGACAGAUACCUAUGGCGCAUCGGAGAUAAAGGACUGCAAGCUGGUUAUCCAGUGGAAAUCAAGAGGAUAUGGAAAAUACCAGAAAACUACACUCACAUAGACGCAGUAUAUGAAAGACUUGAUAAAAAAAUUGUUUUCUUCAUAGGUAAGAAGUAUUAUCUUUUCGAAGGAGCAACCCUGCAGCCUGGAUAUCCAAAGCUGAUCUCUCGUCUCGGGUUGCCAGACUCACUUGAAAAAGUAGAUGCGGCAAUGGUUUGGGGACACAAUUCCAAGACGUAUUUCUACAGUGGUACUAUGUACUGGAGAUUCGACGAAGACGUGGGCAAGGUGGAGCUGGACUACCCCAGGGACAUGUCCAUGUGGCGGGGCGUGGACUGCGACGUUGACGCAGUGUUCCAGUGGAAGGAUGGCAAAACAUACUUCUUCAAAGGGAAGAACUUCUGGAAGUUCAACGACCUGCGCAUGCGGGUGGAGAACCCGGUGCCCCAGCCCUCCGCACCCUUCUGGAUGGGCUGCCCACGCCGGCUGGAAACGCCCGAGGCGUCCGACCGCCCGCUCGUGGCCGCGGAGGGACCCCCCGUAGCAGGGGGCUCCGCCCCGCAGGUUCACGGGAUCGGCGGUCUCGCUGCCCUGGCGGUCGCCUCAGUGCUCCUGAGGCUGUGCACGUGAGGGCGACGGCCUCUCCAACAUGACGGCUCGCAAGUCCAGAUCCUCGCUGACACCUCACUGCGAACAUUGUGCGUGUCCGCACGCAUGGCGCGGAUGGGGGCCGCAUUCGUGCCAUGCGCGUAAGAACAACCUCCUUGCCGGCUGCACUAACUGUACGCGGGACAUCACGUGGACGAACAAAUUCUGCGCGAACUAUGCUCUGGGUUUCAAAUACACUUUUGUUAAUACACUGAUUCCAGUCAUAUUUAUUGAGUGCGUAUUUUUAAGUAUUUGUUGAAAUUUUUACAUGAAUUGGUGACUAGCGUUAAUCGAGACUUGUUAUGGGAAAUGGAAAUUUUUAAAUGUUAAAAAAAAAAAAAAGAAGACAGAAAUAAUUUGUUUAUCUUAAUGUACAGUGCCUGAAAAUCUCACACAGCAAGAAACCUGUAGCAAGGAACAAAAAAUUCCUUCAAGCUUCUCUUUUAGAACUUAAGUUAAAAUGAAUGACGAAAUUAUGAAGGUAUUGCAAUGUUAUAUUACUUGAAACAACAAGUUGCCUGAAACACUACAGUAACCAGUGGCUUAUGUAUAAGUGGUACCAUUGUUGUUAUUAAAUUGUAACGUGUUUGUUGCUCUAAAGCUGCAUCCACACUGGAGUAACUAUGUCACUCGAUAUGUCAACACUUGGUGUAGAUGCCAGCUUGUGUGUCCCAGGGUCUCAUAUGACAUGUUUUACUGUUCUUCAUCCGGUGUCUGUAUUAUCUAUCACAAGGACGCAGCACAUAAUUUUUUUUUAUUUUUCACUAUAUUACUGUUGCAUAUUCUUUUGUAAUUUUUUUGUGAAUGUACAGUAGACUCCUGAUUAUCCGGGGUAAUGACUGGCAAGAGGUCCAUGAAUAACCAAAAAACACGGAUAAAGCAAUUACGAAACAAAACUGUUUAGUUAAAAAAUUUUCACCCCGACUAUCUAGACGAACACUGUAUAAGGAUGUACAUAAUUCAUACAUGUAUUCAUAGAAGUACAUCUCGAUUCACAACAAACAUUAUUAAAAUACCCUGAUACAUAUCCAUGAACAAAAUAGGUACUAAAGUGUUAAGACAUAAUUUACAGAAAAAGUUGCAGUACAUGUUACUUAAACAUCGCCGUAUUUAACAUUGCGGCACAGUAACCAAGCAGUAAUAAAAUUCCUUCAAUUAUGUUUGCUUCUAGGAUUAUAUUUUUCUUACGAAUAUUGGAAAGAAUUCUCUGUAAAACCAUCACUAUCUAAAGAUUACGACAAAAAACAACAUGCACUAUGUGACUACUGCCCGAAAACUAUGCAGGCCAGUUAUCACUCGUGAGUCACAAAGCAGCCACCCCGUGCCGGCGCCAAAUUGAGUGCGGUGCAAACGGCAUAUAGAACACAAGCGCGCAUGGAUUAUAGGGGUGUUUAUAAUUUACUCUAGCAGUUUCGAAGUUGUUGAUGCAUACUAACAUUUACCAACUAUGUAUGACUAUGUUUGGCAGCAUAUUUUGUCUUGAAUCACAGCAUAAAAUGUUCUGUUGCAUCAAUGGAUAACAAAAAAAUAAAUAAAGUCAAAAAUUAUAUUGCAAUUUAUGAUUUAUGGAAGUAAAAUACGGCACGGUUAACCCGCGAUCUGGAUAAUCGGGAGUCUACUGUAUUUUACUUUAAAAAGUAUACCAUUUUAUUGACAGUAAAGUUAAUUACUAUAAUAGUGAAAUCAUUUUUUAAUAAUUACUUUAGGACUCAGCCUCACCUAUCAUGUUAAAAUCUCCUUUGCCUAUUCUUAAUUUGUUAUAAUUUAAAAAUAUUUCUACAAAAGUUAAAUUGUGUGCAUUUUCUAGAUAGGAAAAAAUAAAAAAUAAAAAUCUGUUGAAUGACCAUGAUGAAAUCAUGCAAACAAAAUGUGUUAAUAAUGAAUUCCUACUUUACUUUAUAAAAAUAGCAGAUAGCAUGCAUGUAGAUAUAGUGACAAAACAUAACAUGCAAUGCUUAUUUAUUCAAAGGAAUUGUCCUCAAACAAAACUAAUAAGAUGGAAAUGCAAAUAUGCCAAUGUUAUGGGUUAAGCUGAGCCUUAUUUUGUUGAAGUAAAAAGCUUACUUUUUAUUAUUUUUAAAUACGUCUGCAAAAAGAACAUGCAAUAAAAAAGUGUAAAUUUCCACAAUUUCUUACAUUCAUUUUCUUUGUAAUUGAAAGUAAGAUUUUAUUUGUUAAGUAUCAAUUUUUAGUUUGUUAGGUUCAUUGCAUCAUUUAAAAAAGUACCACUGCCAAGCUAAUUAUUCUAUUGACUGACGUGUGUUGUGUUCUAACAAGUACAGUGCAUGUCUUAAGUAUGCAGAUAAAAUGUAAAUGUACCAAAGUUCUCAUUUUAUAUUCUAGAUCAAAGAAUAACACAAAAUUGCAUUGAAGUUACAGUUUGUAAUUUCCCAGGGAGCAAUAAAGAGCAACCAAUGAUUAGGUUUUAGUAAAAAAAAAUUAUCUUUUGAGUGCACUGAAAGCUGUCCAUAUAAGUUUCAAAAAAAAUAUUUUUAUAAAUAGCUGGUAUUUCCAACUUAUUUAAAAAGAUAUUUUUAUAUCAGUUAUUAAUUUUAUAUAAAAAAUUGUAUUAAUGUAAACCAGAGAUAAAAAUGUUUGAAAAUUUAUGAACACUGCAUACGUCCUAUAAAAACUAUUUUUAAAAAUAUUAUUUUCCCAACACAACUUACUGUGAUUGCAUUGCUUUUCUUGAUGUAGCAACAUGAUUAGUAGACCAGUGAGUGCUUUAGAAUAAAUCGUUCUUAAUUUAAAGUAUUACUUGAUAGAGUAUGAUGUAAAUGUACAGUGUUGAUACAUAUAAACAUUAAACUGUAACAAUUAACAGCACACACUGCAAAAUAUUAGAGGAUUUACUGAAAAUUGUACAUUCAAUUCUCCCAAUAGAAUAUAUUUUUUCCCAAUACGUUAAAAUUAAAAAAAUGUGUUAAGAGUGAACCAAUGUAAUAUUUUAUACCACCAAUUAAAGUGCUUUACUUGUUUGUACACUGAAGUGGAACUAUGCAUUUAGUUAGUGCUUUCCUAAGUGUAUUGCGUCGAGAGAUGUGCAGGUAUUGGUGACACAUUAGAAUGCUUUCAUCUCUUGUUCGUCCAGUCAGUUGUAAAUAAAUGUUUUGAAGUGCAUCAGAAUCCUAGGGUUGUGCGACUGAUAAUUUUUUUAUAAACAAAUAAAAAAAUUAAAUACAA